AAUGAGUCAUGAUACACACAAGAAACUUCAUUACUACUACUAGAAAGUAUAAAUGUCGAAGAAGACAUACUAUUAUUCAAUGCCAACCACAAAGUUUUUCAAUAUAUGCAAAUAAACAGUCGAACGAUCGAGGCCAAAGUUCCAAUUAACCGGACUUUUUCAGCGAAGAACAUGGUGAAGAUUCAUCCUGAUGACAAGGCAUUUCCGGAGGAUUCUGACGUCGGAAAGGACAAGGUUUCGCCGUACUUAACGACGGAUAAAGAGAGUUUCACAAUUUGGAUGAGAUCUCUUGUGUUCCAUAGCAAAGGCUGCACAGUUUAUGAUUCCAAAGGAAGCUUAAUCUAUCGAGUGGAUAAUUAUAACUCCAAGAGUUGCAGUGAAGUUUACCUUAUGGAUUUAUACGGCAAAGUCUUGUUUACUUUACGUCAAAAGAAAUUGAGAUUAUUCAAAUCUUGGGAAGGAUACAACCCAACCGGGACAAGAUUUCGACUAAGUAAGAACUUCAAGAUUUCAUCAAGAGAUUCAUCUUCAUCAUACAAUGUUGUCAUGGGAUCACGACAAACUGAUGGUGAUCAACAACCAUCUUGUUAUAAGAUUGUAAACCGCAAAUCGGAUUUCACAAUCGAGGAUGGAUCCGGAAGACUAAUGGCACAAGUUCAAAAGAAACAAUCGGAUAUCAAAGGUUUGGAUCUUGGAAAAGACGUGUUAACAAUGACGGUGGAGCCACAAGUUGAUCAUUCUUUAAUAAUGGAAUUCACAAAAAUGUGGAGAAGCUCGGCUUCGUUCAUCCUCGAUAAGCAUCUGAACAACAAACCCAUUUCUAUAACUCAUUCAAUCGACUCUCCUCCUCCACCAUCUGAUUCAAUGGCGGAUGAAAACCCUAACCCUAAUCCUAUUUCGGCUUAUUACGAAACCCGAGCGGCGCAUCAUGGGAUCGUGACUAGCGAGUGGCUGGAACAGGCACAAGCCGCGGUUCGUCGUUACCCUGAUCAUGAUUGCUCUGUUUCUCCAGUUUCGGGAAGACCCUUUAGCGUGAUUGAGGAGUUUAAUAGUUGGAGACAACAGCCUGAUUUGGCGGAGGCUGUUGCGGCGAUUCGUGCUUUUGCGGCUGUUAUUAGGGCUAGUGAAGCGACUACUAUGAUGGAGCUUGAAAUUGAACUCAAGAAAGCUUCUGAUACUUUGAAAGCAUGGGACACAACGUCUAUAUCCCUAACAGCAGGAUGUGAUCUAUUCAUGCGCUAUGUGACUCGAACAUCUGCUUUGGAAUUUGAAGACUUCAACUCUGCAAAAUCUCGCGUGCUUGGACGUGCUGAGAAAUUUGGGGUAAUAUCUUGCAAGGCUCGAAGGAUAAUUGCAAUUCUUAGUCAAGAUUUCAUGUUUGAUGGGUGUACUAUACUGGUCCAUGGAUUCUCCAGAGUUGUAUUUGAAAUACUAAAGACAUCAGCGCAAAACAAGAAACUCUUUAGAGUUUUGUGCACAGAGGGAAGGCCAGAUAAAACAGGUGUCCUGUUAGCUAAAGAGCUUGCAAAGCUUGAUAUUCCAGUGAAGCUUCUGAUAGAUUCAGCUGUGGCAUAUAGCAUGGAUGAAGUAGACAUGGUGUUUGUUGGAGCAGACGGAGUAGUUGAAAGUGGCGGGAUAAUUAACAUGAUGGGUACUUACCAAAUCGCCCUCGUUGCACACAGUAUGAACAAACCAGUCUAUGUAGCUGCAGAGAGUUACAAGUUUGCACGGCUCUACCCGUUAGAUCAAAAGGACUUAGAACCGGCCUUGCGACCUAAUGAUUUCAAUGUUCCUGUUCCUCCUAAGGUUGAGGUAGAAAGAUCUGCAAGGGACUACACUCCUCCUCAGUACUUGACUCUGCUCUUCACUGAUCUUGGUGUUCUCACUCCAUCUGUAGUAAGUGAUGAGCUAAUUCAGCUUUACUUGUAAGUAAGUAAAACUGUCUUCUUCUUCUUGCUAACGCUGGUCGGGAAACUCUCAAUUUUUUUUGUAUAAAAAACAAUAACACCAUUUUAUGGCUAUACAGAGACAUAGUUUGUCUCUGAUUCUACUGCUUAUGCACAAGUUUUAGGUAGGAGAGAUAUCUAUGUUACUUGUAAUCUUUACUCAAAAUUUACCUUCCCAAGUUUCAAGUUUUCUGGUAUUUUUUUUAAUU